AUGUCAUUGGAAGCAAAGAAACGUGUCUGCUAUUUCUACGAUGCCAAUGUUGGAAACUACCAUUACGGACCAGGUCAUCCCAUGCGACCUCACCGUAUUAGAAUGUGCCAUGGUCUUGUAAUGAACUAUGGCCUUUACAAAAAAAUGGAGAUCUACAGAGCAAAGCCUGCCAACAAGUGGGAAAUGACUCAGUUCCACACCGAUGACUAUAUCGAUUUUCUCUCGCGUGUAACUCCAGAGAACAUGGAACAGUAUCAAAAGGAACAAGCCAAAUUUAAUGUUGGUGAUGAUUCUCCAAUCUUUGAAGGACUUUUUGAAUAUUGUGGUCUCAGCGCUGGUGGAUCAAUGGAGGGUGCUGCUAGAUUGAACCGUGGAUUGUGUGAUAUUGCUAUAAACUGGGCUGGAGGUCUUCACCAUGCCAAAAAAGCAGAGGCAUCCGGCUUCUGUUAUGUAAACGACAUUGUGUUGGGUAUCUUGGAAUUACUGAGAUAUUACUCGCGUGUGCUGUACAUUGAUAUUGAUGUUCAUCACGGCGAUGGUGUCGAAGAAGCAUUUUACACCACUGACCGUGUUAUGACCGUCAGCUUUCAUAAAUAUGGCGAGUUUUUCCCUGGAACUGGUGAACUUAAGGAUGUUGGUGUUGGAAAAGGAAAAUACUAUAGCGUCAAUUUUCCUCUCAGAGAUGGUGUGGACGAUGAUAGCUAUCAGUCCGUAUUUGAACCUGUUAUUGAAAAGGUAAUGGAGUGGUAUCGCCCAUCUGCUGUUGUCUUGCAAUGUGGCGGCGAUUCUCUGAGUGGUGAUAAACUGGGUUGUUUUAACUUAUCUAUGAAAGGUCAUGCCAAUUGUGUGAGAUUUGUCAAGAAAUUCAAUCUUCCUACUUUGGUUCUUGGAGGCGGUGGAUACACCAUGCGAAAUGUAGCACGCGCGUGGGCGUAUGAAACUGGUGUUGUGGUUGGUCAAGAGGUUGGACCAGACAUGCCGUAUAAUGACUAUUAUGAGUAUUUUGGGCCUGACUAUAAGCUUGACAUUCGUCCAAGCAAUAUGGAGAAUUUGAAUACAACUGAGUACCUUGAAAAAACAAAAACCAAGGUGUUUGAAAACCUGGCACGGACCAUGUUUGCGCCCAGUGUACAGAUGCAAGAGGUACCUGGCGACCGUGAUAUGUCUGAAGAUGAAGACGAACAAGAUCAGGAUAAUCGUUAUAUUCAGGCACUUUGGGACCGACGGGUCAUUCCAGACAAUGAAUUCUAUGAUUCUGAUGAAGGAGAGGCACAGGGAUCGGGCGGUAAUAGAAAGAGUAGACAUUACCAGAAUUAUGGGGAGGAAGACAGCUCGGUCUAUGAUGGGGAUGAGAGUGAUGAGAACCGGGCCAAUGGAAGUGAGGCCAGACCGACAAAGAAGACUAAAUCGAGGGCAAUGGAUGUCGAUACUGAGAUGACUACUACCAAACAGGAGGAUGUUGUGGUGUCUCGGGAUGAAGAAAUGGAGAUCGAGGAAGCCCUGAAAGAGGACGAAAUUAAAGUCGAGCCUCUCGAUGGGACCACGGAGAGUGUGAGCGAGGCUGUCCGAAAGGGAGAAGAAUCGGAUGUACCCCAAGAAAAGGCCGAAGAAAACGUUUGUGAAUACCCGACAGAGCCUAUGGAUUUAUCAGACGACAAAGAGCUGUCAUUAGAAUCAACUGCAGAUAAUGCAAAGUCAUCUGAUUCGGUCUCAUCUCCAACCUUGGCUAUGGAAAUUUCGGUGCCUGCAUCUUCACCUGCACUUGUGGCUGUACCCGAAACAGCGCCUGCUCCUGUCCAAACAGAAGAAGCAACGUCUAUAAUCAGUAGUUUGCUCGAAAAUGUUCCUGCUAAUAAUACUGCUGAUUCUACUCCUGCACUCACUCCUGCUGCCACUGGUGCCAAUGCUACGUCCACUCCUGC